AAACAUCUCCCAGAGCGUCCCAUUACACAUCCGGCACAUCCAGCAGACCCUGAUGGGUUUAGGUUUGAGGACCUCUCUGAGGUCGUAGAAGCCUGGGGAGACGACGACUCCGAUUGGGAAGAUGUGGCAGCCGCUCGAAUGGAAGGCUACGGCGGCGGUGCAAGGGCUCGCGCGAGGCAGUUCCGAGAUAAGGAUGCUCCAAUAUCAUUCUGCGAGCCAAGCCUGGCACUCACUGAUCUACUCCAGCACGAUGCGCUCGAUACUCGCGAUGGAGAAUCCUGGCUAGCCCGCAAGGAUCUACAGAGGUCGACGCUGCAGCGAAGUUUCGCUUGCAUGUCAGAUGUUCCUUUCGCUGAGGUCUUGCCAUGCCCGUCGCUUAGGAGCGACAUCGAUCUCACAGGGCGACCAACGCGAGUAGGUGAAAUCCCGCCGGAUCUGGACCCCCUUGAAAGGGAGGUCCUCACACUAGUCGAGACCUGUCGCGUCAUUCGCUGUCAAUUGUGUGGGAUCGUGAACAGUUUUGCGGCAGACCUCGACCUUCCGCCAGUUUUGGUCGGGUCGAUGAUGCACCUGCACUACGAGUUUGGUCUCGAGAACCAGAGUGGAGCGCACGAUGGGCAGUUCUCAUUCAGCUUGGAAUUCCAGACGCGCCUUCGUGGGAUGCAGAAUUGGAUGCUGAGACUACGAACCUUUUUCCGCGAGAUCUGGUUACCAUUGAGCGAGGCUAUCCAUGCACCGACCAGAUUCAUGAAGCUUCCUGAGCUGCUCUUAACGCGGCCAUUUGUCUGGUCUGCGCCGGUUAGCGCAGGUGGUCAUGGUUGGCAGCCAUUUAGACACCGGGAAGUCGAAGUGCGGGAAUUACUCGGCGAGUUGAGACAGAAACUUUUAGCCGGCUAUAUCGGGGGACCUAUAUGCGACUCUGUUCGCAACAUGCAUCGCUAUGACCGCAAGAAGGCGGACGACUUUCAUUCGCGCGUAACGCUCCAUGGAUAUGAGAAAGCCUUUGUACUUAGCUUUUACUUGCAUGGUUAUUGUUGUUGGUGUCGAGUAGUUCGCUGAGCAGAUGAACCAUCAUAAUGCGUGGGCCCAUUCCAUGUUGACGGUUUGGGUCGGCCUCCCACUGAAAGGCAAUUAGGUAGUUCUUGUAGCAGACGCUGCAAUCACCACAAUUCGUUUUGCCUUUUAGCUCGCAAAGAAGUCUUAUUGGUUUGUGUUGCUCAGCAGCUAGAGACGCAAUGGCCACCACUCCGUCCUUGGAGCACGGAAAUUUCCACAAUAAUAAUUACACUGGAGGCAGUCUCAUUCUCAUACCAUCAACCCAGGCAGUCUGCGUUCCCGCAGUCCCAGACCCAACUCUUCCAAAUCCAAUCUCAUGACCCCCACUCCUGUCCAAAAUUCAAACUCAACGCCUAUCCAUCGUUCCUCCAGGAAACUGACGAAACGUUUAUCAAAGAAGACGAAUCGAGGGAGGCCUGGGAAGACUAUCGAGACAUGACAGAUACGAAAUUUUUCAAGGUGAAUCGGGUGCACUUCAUGAUGCUGAUGACUGCGGAGCGAGAUGAAGAGGAGGUUCCGUAUGCUAUGCUCUACCGGCUGUUCUCGAAAAAGUACCAUGCUCCACAGCACACCGCAGGCGAGGCGUCCACUGAAGUUCUGCUUCCGGAGUUAACCGAAUUAUGCUGGCGGCGUUUUUCUGGUCGUCCUCAUGCUCUGCUACACGAGCAUCGACGAGUCAAGGCACGAGCGAGACCAUGGGACGUGCAAGAUGCGGGUGACCUGCCGACCCACCUAGCGAAAUGGGACUCCGGGCGCGAUCAUGGUCAUGGGUACCCCUUGGAGCGCAGUCCUAGCGAUUCCCCUAGGCAUGGUGCUGGAACUCUCCGGAAACGGGGAAGAACCUCUUCUGGUUCUGACAGCGGGUGAGCUGCAACUCUUCUUGAUGCCGUCAGUGCUUCGGGCAGCAGUCUUUGCUUAGGAAGCAGCGUCUAUUCGUCGGCAUCUAGGGUGGAUCUUGUCUGUCACGUCACGCAGACAACUCGCGGUGCCGUGGCUUGCUGGGUGGUGAAGUCCCUCUGAGAUGAACUUGACAUCCGCAGUUCUUGUUCAGUGUUUUUAUUAGCAUGCUGCUUAGGAAUGUGUCAUUAUGUUGGUCAAGACUCUGCUUCUUCGAAUAUGUUAGCAAUCUGCCGAUGAAAAUCGCUACGACCUGUCUGACUGGUGUGAAGCCUUCGAAAUAAGUCUCGCUUAUAAUCUCCGAAGUCGUUGAGCAAGUCCGAUCUUUUUUCUGUGAUUCGUAUCCUCAAUUUUCAGGACAAGCAUCUUCUAGAU